UGCGCAGCUCCGAGGCGCUGUUGCGGGACUCCAGAGCCGAACAUGGGGUUCGGGUUCGUCUGCAUGAAGCCACUUUUGACGAGUUCAACAAAACCAAAACAAACGAGACGUAUGGAAGAAGGAAGGACGGUGCGUCGGUUUCUGUGAAGAGUUCAGUCAUCUUCACUCGCCUGGUUCACUGUGCCAGAAAAGUUCAGAGGAAGAAAAAAAAAGAGUAGAGAGAGAGAGAGAGUCAGGGAUUACUGGAAACUUUCACAGACUUUCAGACCCUCUGGACUUUGGGAACCCCGUCAAAGAGUUUCAUGCUGAAUAUCCCUUCUUUAAGCUGAGGUCCAGGCUGUAAGGGGAGCAGGAGGUCCGAGGAGCUCCAAUGCCAGUGGACAUGCAGCCACAUCAGGGGCUGUAUUACUACGACAACUCCUCCAGUCAGCCCUCCAGAGGCCUAGUCCCGUCAGACCAGUCCCCCUACAGCGAUGUGUCUUCACUGCGAGCCCCGCUCCUUGACGGUCCUCCCCAGGACUGCCACGCCAUGUAUAAUCCCAUGACUCCCAGCAUGACUCAUGGAUCAGGAUCAGGACCAGGGCAGGGGAACGGCCACUGCUUGAACCAAUAUAUGAGACCACCUCAGGCCCCACCAGCCCACAGUAUGAUAAGCCACAGGGGGAUGCCGGCCACAGAGGGUUGCAACAGCGCCCCCUACUGUAACCAGAACAUGAUGUCGUCUCAUCAUAACUUCUGCCACGUUCAGCCCGGCUCUGAACACAUCGAGCCUGGCGACGGCUCGAGGUUCUCCACGCCUCGCUCCACGCUGAAGUUGAGUAAAAAGCGAGCUCUGUCCAUCUCACCUUUAUCUGACGCCAGCGUGGACCUGCAGACCGUCAUUCGGACCUCUCCUAACUCAUUAGUGGCCUUCGUCAACUCGCGCUGCAACCCCAACGGCGCCAGCUCCUACGGCCACCUCUCUGUGAGCGCUAUGAGCCCAUCGCUGAGUUAUUCCAGCAACAUAAACUGCCACCCAAGACCAGGGUCCAUGUAUGGAGGAAAUGGGGGUACACCUCUGGGCGGCCACACACCCGCUCCCUGCCAAGCCUCUCGUUUACCUCCCCACAAUCCUCGGCUGCAGGCUCCACCCAAACAUGGACACCUGAAAACAGAGCCAGGGUUGGGAGGAGUGAUGGACGGCAUGAACGUGAAGAGCCUGGAGGAGAGGUCAGAGGCAGAUGUAGCCAGUCCUUCGUCCACUGGAACUCAGCAGGAUCAUCUGAUGGGGCUCCUGGACGGCAGAGAUGACUUGGACAAGGAGGACGGGAAGCACGAGCCAGAAGCCAUUUAUGAGACCAACUGUCGCUGGGAGAGCUGCAACAAGGAGUUUGACACGCAAGACCAGCUAGUUCAUCACAUCAACAACGAGCACAUCCACGGAGAGAAAAAGGAGUUUGUGUGUCACUGGCAGGAGUGCUCCCGAGAACAGAGACCCUUCAAAGCCCAGUACAUGCUGGUGGUUCACAUGCGGCGACACACAGGAGAGAAGCCACACAAGUGCACUUUUGAAGGCUGUAAUAAGGCCUACUCUCGCCUGGAGAACUUAAAAACCCACCUACGCUCUCACACCGGCGAGAAACCGUACGUGUGUGAGCACGAGGGCUGCAACAAAGCCUUCUCCAACGCUUCGGACAGAGCUAAACAUCAGAACCGGACUCAUUCCAAUGAGAAACCUUAUGUUUGUAAAAUACCCGGUUGCACUAAGCGAUACACAGACCCGAGCUCUCUACGGAAACAUGUAAAGACGGUACACGGCCCUGAGGCCCACAUCACCAAAAAGCAUCGUGGGGACACGGGGCCUCGAGCCCCUGGCUCAGCUAUGACCCCCGGAGGCCCGAGCUCUGAGCUGCUGCUGGAGAAAGAGGAGGCACGCAGGGAGGACUGCAAACUGUUGGCCCCAGAGACCGCUCUGAAGUCGCAGCCGAGCCCCGGCGGUCAGUCGUCCUGCAGCAGUGAACGUUCUCCUUUGGGGAGCACCAACAACAACGACAGCGGUGUGGAAAUGAACCUGAAUGCAGCGGGCAGCUUGGACGACCUCACUGCAUUAGAAGAUGGAGUUGCAGGAGGAGGAGGAGGAGGAGGUGGAGGAGGCGAGCCUGGAACAAUGGGAAUGUCUGCACAAGCUCUGAAGAGGCUGGAGAACCUAAAGAUCGACAAGCUGAAGCAAAUUCGUAGGCCAACUCCUCCUGGCCGCUGUACCAGCAACAAGCUUCCGGCCAUCCCUGGUUCAGGAGAGAACAUGGGCAUGUGUGCGCCGUCUCCACUUCUCUCUAAUCGUCGCGUUAUGGAGUUGUCCAGCCACGAGCUCGGAGUCGGAACCGGCUCCUCGAACGACAGGAGAGGAAGCGGCACGAGCAGCUUGAGCUCUGCGUACACCGUGAGCCGCCGCUCCUCCAUGGCGUCCCCUUACCCGUCCAGCCGACGGUCCAGCGAGGUCUCGCAAAUGGGAGGGACAGCAGGGGGAGGGUGCCACCUCCUGAGCCCCGAACACACCGGGGGGGAACCCCUCUCACCCGAGAGCGACCGCAGAGGAGCUCCGUGUCCCGUCGGAGGGUUGCCAGGUCUCCCCAAUUUAACGCCCGCUCAGCACUACAAACUAAAGGCCAAAUACGCCGCAGCCACCGGCGGACCACCGCCCACUCCUUUGCCUAAUAUGGAGCAGUCAGGUGCACCAGUCAGAAGAGGGGGCAUUUUAAGUGACUACCAAGGGCAACACCUGCCUCCUUUUCUGCAGCAAGGUGGUCCCCGAAGGCACAGUGCCAACACAGAAUAUGGUACUGGUGUUAUCUACCCUCACCAGGCUCCGGGUAACAACUUCAGGCGAGCCAGUGAUCCGGUGAGAUCAGCCGCAGAUUCACAAGCCCUCCCCAAACGCUUCAACAGCCUUAACAAUGUAGCCAUGAUGGGCCGCAGGAACGCGCUGCAACACCACGGCUCUGACCUUAGCCUUGCUCGUCACAUGUACUCUCCCCGUCCGCCUAGCAUCACAGAGAACGUCAUGAUGGAAGCCAUGGGUAUGGAGCCCCACCUCGCCCCUGUUGAGACGAGUGACCGUUCCAUGAUGAUUGCCCCUGGAGGGAGAAACUUCAUGAACUACCAACAACCGAAUCAGACCAUUGGAGGUGGAGUUCCUCUCGCAAACCAGCUGUCCCCGAGACACAAUUCUCUUGGUGGCCCUGAUCAUGGUUACAUUCACCGGACCUACCAGGGAGGCGAGGUCAUUUCCAGGGCUAAUGGAAAUCUGUUGGAGCAGGCAAGGCCUGAGGGUAUGUCAAAUACACUUCUCCAACAGGCCGAGUACAGCAUGAGCACCUGUCAGCUCAGUCCUUCAGGCCCACAUUAUCCCAGCUUAGGUCAGAGCGGCAACUCUGGAGGACCUUGGAAUGGUACCCACAACCAAAUGCUGACGUCCAGCCACAAUUUUCAAAACCAGCAAUCGAUGCAGUACUCAGAUCCCAGUCUGCAGCCUCAGCAGACACGAGCCCACUUCAGCAACCAGACCGGUCUCUACAACAACACAAAUGGAACUCAGAAGCUCGUUAUCAAACCCGAGCAGCAGUUCCACUCCGGCAUGGGCGGAGCAGGUUCCUGUCAAAGCGCUAAGCUCCACCAGCAACAAAUGUUCCUGCAACAAACACAGGGGUACCCCCAACAGCUGGGCCAGGGAGCGAUGAGGAGCUCCGGCCAACCCAGCUGCGACUUUCAACGGCCGAAUCAAAACUGUUUCUCCGGUGGAGGAGGGGUGAGCUUGGGCUGUGCGCGCUCCACGCUGUCUGAUGACCAGAGGUCCGAAACGCCAAUGAUGCAGGUGAAAGAGAUGAUGGUGAGGAAUUACGUGCAGUCCCAGCAAGCCCUCAUGUGGGAGCAGCAACAAGAGCAGCCUCAAAGUGGAAUCAAACCAGCGCCUGUUUCCGACAAUAUGGAUCUGAGUGUUCAGACAGCAAUUAUGCAACACAGUCCAGAGCACCAGAACCAGAACCUGUACUCCAGCCAGGCUUAUUCCUCUUAUCCUGACCAGAAUCUGGUCAUGAGCCCUGCUGCCCACAGUCAAGGCUCCAUCCCAGAUACAACGAAAGCCCAACAUCUAGCAGGUCUCCAGGGUUCUUGCCAUAAUCAGGAAAUGGUGGUACCCAGACCCCCUCAGGGACAGAAGCCCCUCAGUCGGCAGAACAGCCUGUCACAAGUCGGAGGAGGCUUUAUCGGCAGCUCGCCCCACCUCAGCCCCGUCCACUUCACGUCUAGCCCGAGACGAGGGGUUCGACUUCCUCCGGUGCAGCAUCCGCAGCACCCUCAAAAUGAGAUGUUCUCUCCGUCGAACAACAACAACAUGUACUACACGGGUCAGAUCAGUAUGGAGAAACACAUGGACCCCCAGAACGGGCCGUGCCUUAACCAGCAGAACAGUAUCGGUUCAAGCCUGGAUCCAGCCGGCGACGCAAAGUCGGCCCCCCUGGCUCCCUACCCCGAGUCUGUUCCUGUUUCAAACGCCUUAGAGAACCUGGACUUGGACAACGCUCGCAUAGACUUCACAUCCAUCAUUGAUGACGCCAACUCCUCCUCAUUCAGUCCGGUCAAUAAUCCCCUUCAGGAACAUUUGGGAUCCAGUUCCCAGGCCUCCUCCCGCCUCACCACCCCACAGACCUCGGUCAGCCUCGCUCCAGGCUCGGCUCUGUCCAACAUGGCUGUGGGUGACAUGACAUCCAUGCUUACCUCACUGGCUGGGGAGAAUAAGUACCUGAACACUUUGUCUUAGAGGACUCUUGAGCAGCUAAGCAUCUUUAGGAAAGAUUUUCUGUCUUGGUCUCUUCAGUUUCAAAACGCACGUUUUGUUAAUUAGAGUACUUUCUUUUAUGUUGUAAAAAUAAAAACAUUUCAUAAAAUGCAUCAACAUCAUUGUUACCUAAAGCCUUAAAUUAUGUCUUUAUGUAUAAAACUCAACCUGUCAAGAUGCUGAACUGUAAAAAGGUUUAUUGCUGAAGACUCAUGGAAAAAGGAAAAAGUAAUAGCGUGUACCAAGUUUUUAAGGAAAACUCAUAGUGUCCUCACACAUUUAAAAUUAUGCAAUUUGCCAUCAAAAAAGCCUUAAAACCAAAGGUGCCCAUUUAUCUCCCAUUUCUGCAUCUUUUUCCUGCUUCCCUGGUACGGUUUUCUCCAUCUUUGUACUAAUGUACCUGAUUCAAAAUGACGACGUUGAGCUUAUUUUGAACAGAUAUUCAAGUCACAAAAGGGCUUUGGCAACAGUGAAGCGAAAACAAAAAAGGCUACGUGUAAAUAUACAAACUGUGUCUGACAAUGAGACGUUGAGUAGUAAUGUCUUGAUAGUCCGCUUGAUGCUCAGUGUUCAGGUUUUUGUGAAUGAAAUGAAAAAGCUAUGCUUUCAGUGACUGAGAAAUGUUUCUAUUAAAUUUCCUUCCUGUUGCUUUGAUCUUCCCUUUUUUUUUCCAGUAUCAGCACAAUCUGCACAGACAGCAUAUCAGUAUUUCAACAUAUGCACCAGUGUAAAGCAGUCAAGUCACACAUUGUAUUGAAGCACAUGUGCCAACACACAGACACUCAGGACUUGUUUUGAAUCUUUGGUGUUCACAUGACAUGUAUGUUGUCAUCGCCUUUUUUCCAGACAGAGAGUUUGCACUCCACAUGGUUACUUUAAGUGUUUCUGAAAGCAGCUGUUUACUUAGUUUUUCUGUUGUGUUUGCCUCGUCUUUUUAAGGUACACAAAAUGAGCAAAGCUCGAUAAUCAUUGGUAUAGCAGGCAUUAACAGCUAAGUGCAUUUGGCAACCUGAAUAAUGCAUUCAAACAUACAUUUAUAAGACAUGGUGUUACCCUUUAAUCCAGGGAAAUUCAUCCUAAUUCAGUAGAGGGAGUGAAAAUGCCUCAAUUUGUUACUACAUUGUAAAAUGUGUAUUAUAGGUACAGAGAGGCACUUUGUGCAACAGUAAGCUGCAGCUUUUUUUUAUUUUGAAUCCAAUUUUACACAGUGGCUUUGCACUGACGACAGCACUGGUUGUAAAGAUCUCUGUCUCCUUCAACUACUCACAUGAACCUCAUUUUGAUGACGAAAAAGAACUGGCUCUGUAUUUUUAGACAAAAAUUCAAAGUCACGUCUGAGCCUCAUUAAAAUCACAUGAGUUUUCAGCAAAUCACAGUAUUGUCACUUUCAGUGUUUGCCAAGCGUCAGCACAAAUGAACAUGUCGUCGUUUUGGAACAAAACCAACCAAAGACGUAAAGUUACUGAGAAAAAAAAAAGAUGCACAAAUAGAGUAU